AUGGCAUUGGAGACAGAAGAAUCUGAUGGAAUUGAAGAAGAAAUUUCAAAGAUAGAAAAAGGUCUUGUAAGCACCUCUCAUAACCCAGGAACCAAUACAAGCGAUGAUUUUCGUUCAUCAGCUGCACCCCCAAGCCUCCCUCAAAAGUUGAUUGCAGAGUUGAUUGGUACGUACUUUGUGAUAUUUGCUGGGUGUGGUUCGGUGGCUGUGAACAAAAUAUAUGGGAACGUCACGUUUCCUGGCGUAUGUGUAACAUGGGGUCUCAUUGUCAUGGCCAUGAUAUAUUCAGUCGGCCAUAUUUCUGGGGCACACUUCAAUCCGGCCGUCACCAUCACCUUCGCCGUCCUUCGCCGGUUAUCUUUCCGGGAGGUCCCAUUAUAUAUAGUAGCUCAACUAUUGGGAUCAACCAUGGCUAGCGGCACAAUUGCUGUACUUCUUGAUAUAACCCCAAAAGCUUACUUUGGAACUGUUCCAGUUGGAUCUAACGGCCAGUCCUUGGUCUUUGAAAUUAUCAUCUCCUUCCUCUUGAUGUUUGUCAUCUCUGGAGCUUCCACAGAUAGUAGAGCGAUUGGUGAUCUAGCUGGGGUUGCCGUUGGAAUGACAAUACUAUUAAAUGUCUUCAUUGCUGGGCCAGUUUCAGGGGCUUCGAUGAACCCGGCGAGGAGCUUAGGGCCAGCGAUUGUGAAGCAUGUGUACAAAGGGUUAUGGGUGUAUAUAGUGGGACCAAUAACUGGAUGCCUUGCAGGAGGAUUUGCAUAUAAUUUCAUCAGGUCCAAACCACUCGCCAGUUGA